AUGGGAUCAGCACCAACACCUGAAUUCAACUUGUCGUCUGCUAAGGCGACGCAGUACGAGGAAGAGUACGCUGCACACAACUACCACCCUCUACCAGUGGUGUUCCACAAGGCGCAGGGUGCGCACGUGUGGGAUCCAGAGGGCAAGGAGUACCUCGACUUCCUUUCGGCGUACUCGGCAGUCAACCAGGGACAUUGCCAUCCCAGAAUAAUCAAUGCGCUCAUCGACCAAGCACAGAAGUUGACGCUCUCGUCGAGAGCGUUCUCCUGUGACAUAUUCGGCUCGUACGCCAAGUAUGUGACGGAGUUUUUCGGCUACGAAAACGUGUUGCCUAUGAACACAGGGGCGGAGGCCGUGGAAACAGCACUUAAGAUCGCCAGAAGAUGGGGGUACGUGAAGAAGGGUAUCAACCCGGACGAGGCCAUCAUUUUGAGUUGUGAGGACAACUUUCACGGCAGAUCGAUCGCCAUCGUGUCCAUGUCCACCGACCCGGACGCCAAGACCAACUUCGGGCCCUACUUGAAGAACGUCGGUCCAAUCAUUCCAGGCACUGACAACCAGGUCUUGAGAUAUGGGAAGAUCGAGGACGUCGAGCUUGCCUUCAGGAACGCUGGAGACAAGAUUGCAGCCAUUUUGAUUGAGCCAAUCCAGGGUGAAGCCGGUAUUGUCGUUCCUCCUCGGGACUACUUUGAAAAAAUCAAAGCCCUUUGUAAGGCUUACAACGUCCUUUUGAUUGCAGACGAGAUCCAAACUGGUAUUGCCAGAACGGGGAAGAUGCUCUGCUGGGAACACUACCUGUCCAGAGAAAACAAGCCAGACAUGGUUCUCUUGGGUAAGGCCAUUUCUGGCGGUGUCCUGCCUGUCUCUGCCGUCCUCUCAUCCAGAGAAAUCAUGUCGGUUUUGGAGCCUGGCUCCCAUGGCUCUACCUACGGUGGUAAUGCGUUGGCUUCGAGAGUGGCAAUCGAGGCAUUGGCCGUCGUGAAGGACGAGAAGUUGGUGGAAAGAUCCAAGGAGUACGGACACUUUUUCCAAGAGGAGUUGAAGAAGUUGGCUGCCGAGUCAAACGGCAUGAUAAAGGAGGUCAGGGGUCUCGGCUUACUAUGUGCCAUUGUUGUCGACAACACCAAGACCAACGGCAAGUCUGCGUGGGACUUGUGCUUGUUGAUGAAGGACCAUGGGGUCCUCGCCAAGCCUACCCACGAACACAUCAUCAGAUUGGCCCCUCCUUUGGUGAUAUCCAAGGAAGACUUGCUCAAGGGUGUCGACAGCAUCCGUCAAGCCUUGAUUGAGCUUCCAAACUGCAAGGCUGUCGCACACUAA